UAUGCAAAAUAUACUCUCAAGAAUGGGAUCCAUGAACUUCCUUUUGGUGAGUUCUCCAAAAGAAGAAGAAGAAGAAGAAGAAGAAGAAGAAGAGCAAACUGGAAAAAUUUUAAGAAGGAUAUAGAACAAGCUUGUAAGAUCAUCAUCAACAGUUAAAACUCAUGGAGACCACAGAGGCUGAUACAAGCACAUACCAUCCGCCAUGGAGGAAAGUGGCCUAUGGAGGAAUGCAACCGGGAUACGAUGAUAACUACACCGAUGAAACAUUCCUUGAAGAGUUGGUCAUGAAUGCCAAUGUCGUGAAGAGGGAUAUUCUUAAAGUGAUGCAAGAUUCUGUAUCGAUAUCCCAGUAUCUCUGUAUCGUAGCUCUCGUGGUAAUUGUUUGGAUCCAUACACUAGACUCGGUCAUUGGUGAGGGCUCUCUCCUUUUACUUGAUGCUUUCCUUCUAGGACUCGGCUUCCUGAUACUUUUGCUCACCACAAGUCAACUCUCAUUUAAAGUUCUCUCAAAAUACCUUCUUAACAUUGUGUUCUUCACAUGUGGUUUGUUCGUCUUAGCACCUGUUUAUCAUACUCUGACCAGGUCUAUCAGCUCAGAUUCUAUUGUUGCACUCACAAUAUCGCUUCUAAUUCUCCAUCUUUUCUUGCAUGAUUAUUCAGGAUACACGAUACGUCCACUGGGUUGUGCCAAGAACCCGAAUUUAGCUAGUAAUAUCUCUUUGAAUGCAUCGAUAGUGGCAUCGGUUCUUGUUGCGUCUCGCUUACCGUCCAGACUCCAUGUCUUCGCAAUUGUUCUGUUCUCUUUACAAGUCUUCCUCUUUUCUCCAUUGAUUACCUUUUGCAUUAAAAAGUAUUCCUUCAAACUACAUUUGUGUUUUUCCUUUCUAUUGAUCAGCAUGACAUUGAGCAUCAUAUACUUUUUGCACACUAUGAGCUUUGUUAUUUUCUCUAGUCUUCUGGUUUUCAUUUCAGCUGUUUGCCCUUACAUGCUUAUAAAGAUACAGGUUUACAAGUUUGAGAUUAAUGGCCCUUGGGAUGAAGCCAAGCUUUGCUUUGACAUAACAGACUGAAAAACAGCAUAAUUGCCUUUCAUUUUGUUUGU